UUUUAUUGUCGACCGGAUCGCGCCGCGAAUCGCCGACACGCUGCCGCUGUACGAUCGACAGCGGCGUGCUCGUUUUUACGUUAUUUUUCCACAUUUUUUGUUGCUUGCUAGCUAGUUUUAACUUUUUUUGGUUCUACAUCGUUUUCAGUUGCGAUUCAAACCAACCGGUGCGUGAAGUACAAGAAAUUCUGUAGGAUUAUAUUAUACGGAGUGUGUGCUUUUUUCGGACCCUUGGUGACAGUUUUUUGCUCUUAUUUUUGUCUAGUUUCGCUUUUGGUGCGAUACUCUGUGCGUUUUGUAUUCAAGGAUAUAUCUAGUUUCUUAAGGAAAUAUUCCAGAGAGCGCAGGAAGCACAAGCGGAUCGCAGGUUUCCGGUUGUUCCACCUGGCGUGGUACCAUUGCCUCGUGGUAGUAAGGGUGCUAGAAGUUUGUAUCUUCAACGUCAAAACAACAGUUUCGGAUUCACUCUUCGGCAUUUUAUCAUAUACCCACCGGAAUCAAUUGCGGAAGACGAUGGCCGAUACGCCCAGAGCGGGUCGUUGUUCAAGCCCAUGGACACUAUUUUCGUGAAGGAGGUUCAUGGUCAAGCUGCAAGACAAGCGGGUCUUCGGAACGGCGACAGAAUAGUAGCUGUCAACAACGUCCCAACGGCCAAUCUCUCUUAUCCAGAAGUGGUGCAAAGAAUCUCGAAUAGUCCGCAAUACCUGCACUUGCUGGUUGUUCCCAAAGAAGAAGACGUCCUCCAAAGGCUAUUUCCGGAUACUGCUCAUAACCCCGUCUCCAACCAAGCGCCGCCAGUUCCCGAUCCACAACUGGAUAGGCUGCGAGCCCAGCAGAUUUUGAGUAGGCAUAUCGCUCAGCAACAACAGCAACAACAAAUCAGAGCGGAUCUUGCGUCGUGGAGAUACCUACAGCAAGCCCAUCAUUACCAAUCACCGGCAUCCUAUCCACCGCACUCGAGGGUAGUUAAGGGUGUGCCUGGAAACGAACUUUCCAGACAAGCCCAACAGCGUAGCGCCGAAAGUGUUUUGGAUCCGUAUGGUCGAGGUUAUACCGCUUCGCAACAACAGGAUAUUUAUUCAGAAAUUCUACGGCCAAAUGAAGUACAACUUCGGCAGAAAUCCAGGGCCGCACCGCAGGUGCCCCUCUAUCGUAAAAUGGGCCGCAGAGCAAGCGAAGGUAGUAAUCUCCUGUCGAGCACCGAAUACAGUGGCGCCACGUCACUAAAUUCGUCCGACGGCGAUUCGGCGCACUACGCUGAGGCAAUGAAGGCUAUGUACAAGCCGCCAUACCUACCUUCGAGCGCAGAAAAUAUGGGCUUGCCAGAACACGCUUAUAGACUCGGUCCAGAAGAUCACAGGAGGGAGAGUACUAGUUCUCUUUCAUCAUCAGUGGCUGACAGUAGUAAAGACAGCGUAACUUCCUUCGGCUCCAACUCAACAGUAACAGGUCAAGAAAUCGACGACACCUUACGAAUAUCCAGAGUGCGCCAAAGCGUCCGACAAAAAGAGGAAUUCUUACGCACUCCGGUACUACGCGAGUUCCACAGUCGUCCCAAAAAGCUCGAUCGACCUGUAUGGCCGCCGAACGAAUACCCAAUCCAACAACUACCGAUUAGGCUAGAUUCACCGGGACGGACCAAACCCACGCAUCACAAUCUCAGACGCAUCAGAAAUGACAUCGACAGCGAAAAGGACAUGGGCGGGGUUGCGUACAACGGUGACGUCAGCGGGGGUGUGGCUAGCGUGGCCACGCCCGCCUCGGACGCACAAUCGCCCAAAGGUAGAAGAGAGAGGGACGAUGGUAUUAGGGAGGGCGAGACCGCGCCUAAUUUCGAGCCUGAAGAGGGUGGUAAUACGACGAAGGAUGUAGCUGUUGUUGAGGCUAGAAGGAGCGUAAUAAAUUAUAUUUUGGCGUAUCUGUUUCCCAUGAUGAACCCUCCCAGUCUGUAUAACGUGCAAAAGAAGGCCAAGGACUUUGAAAACUACCCCGAAGCGAGUCGUACGAGCAUUCCCCUGAGUGAGCUCGCGCGAUUGAGCAAGAAGGUGCUACAGCCGAACGUAACCGAACGAGCUCACGAGUACGAGGUGAAAACGACUGCGCCGGAGGCGGCGCCGCGCAAAGAACCGGCCGCUUCUGCGCCUGCGACUUCCGGAUCUCUGUCGACCUUGAAGCGAAUCUAUAGGGAUAGCCGCUCUUUGGACAGUUCAGGUAGCAGCAGUAGUGUCUACGAGCCGCUUUCCAGUUUGUCCAGGCAAAGGCUCUCUGGAAAUGUUAUCAUUUCCAGCGGGAGCAAGUACAUACACUGUCCGCCUCCAGGCCAGGAAACCAAAAGUCCAGAUAUACUACCGGAAAUGAACCCAAUCGCCAAUUUAGAGCAAGAUCAAAUUCGGCAGAAUCAUGGGCCACAGCACUGGGAGACAAAGACUCUAUUACGGCCACCCCUCCGCCACCGACCACCCCCGGCUCGUUACCCCCUCAAUCCCCCCUUAUCCCCGAACCCGUCGCCCGACUCCAAACUCACUCCCCUCCUUCCCUCUCUGUUACCCCCGCACCCCCCACUCGCCCCACCAGCUUAGACUUGGAAGGACCGCAGCGACCUGCCAGACACAAAACCAGCUCCUCGUCAAACGAACUUGCUUCUAAUCUUCACGAAAAAGCCAUUGUCGUUAAACGGAGAAA